CUCGCCACUGCACUGCUCAGAGGCUCCUGCCUGACUCACUACCACCAGCCUUCGGUCCCUGCUGCAUCACCAAAUAGAACAUGGACGUCACCAUCCAGCACCCUUGGUUCAAGCGCGCCCUGGGGCCCUUCUACCCCAGCCGACUGUUCGACCAGUUCUUCGGUGAGGGCCUUUUUGAAUACGACCUGCUGCCCUUCCUGUCUUCCACCAUCAGCCCCUACUACCGCCAGUCCCUCUUCCGCACCGUGCUCGACUCGGGCAUCUCUGAGCUCAUGACCCAUAUGUGGUUUGUAAUGCACCAACCACAUGCUGGAAACCCCAAGAACAACCCAAUCAAGGUCCGAUCUGACCGGGACAAGUUUGUCAUCUUCUUGGAUGUGAAGCACUUCUCUCCUGAGGACCUCACCGUGAAGGUACUGGAGGAUUUUGUGGAGAUCCAUGGCAAGCACAACGAGAGGCAGGAUGACCACGGCUACAUUUCCCGUGAAUUUCACCGUCGUUACCGUCUGCCUUCCAAUGUGGACCAGUCCGCCCUCUCCUGCUCUCUGUCUGCGGACGGCAUGCUGACCUUUUCUGGCCCCAAGGUCCAGUCCGGCUUGGAUGCUGGCCAUAGCGAGAGGGCCAUUCCUGUGUCACGGGAGGAGAAGCCCAGCUCGGCACCUUCAUCCUGAGCAGGCUUCACCCUGGUUGUCCCCUGAGGCCCCUGAUCCAUCUAGCCCAGGGACCACAGCAAAGAGUCUGCCUCCCUUCCUGCCUUUCUUUCUUUCUUUCUUUCUCUUUGUUUCCUUUCCACUUUCUCAGAGGGCUGAGGGUUUGAGAGAGAGAGUGGCUUAGAGAGCUUGGGGACUUGGUCUGAGAUGUUGCGGAUUCAGGGUGACUAGGCUCACCCCCAGCCGACGGAGGGAAUGAUGGUUUUGAACUCUUGAGAUUUCCUGUUCUCCUGGAAAGUGGCAUCUGAGCACCUGCUCCACAGGCAGAAUCAAUGGUGGCUCACCAACUCCAAGAGCCCUCUGCCGAGGCCCUGGCUGGCAGCUUCCCCCUUUUGCCCACAACUACUGCAGGCACAUGUGCUGGGCUCUGACAGCCCGUCUCUCUCAUACCUUCUUCCUGUGACUUUCUCUACUAUGUAGUAUCGCUCCUGGGGACCCUGGUCGCCCAUGGGAAUGGAGCUCCUGGCAGACAAUAAAGAGCAGGUGACAGAAGCAAUUUCA